UCUAAACACAACUCAGUUUUCUCUCUCUUUUUAUUUCCCUCUUCUCCUUUCUCCUUUCUUCUCUUCCUCUAUAUUUGUGAACUGCUUCCUUCAUCGUCCUCAUCUCCCAACUUCUCUAUUUCCCAAAAUACCUUUAUCAUUAGCUCUCGAUCUAUGGACAUGGACACUUCCCAAAACUGGCUCGCUUUUUCACUCGCAAACCCUAACCCUUACCUGCUCCAGCACUAUUCCUCUGUUCCCCACCAUGGGGCAGUUGAUGCGUCGGGUGAUGGCAUGGGCCCAAAACUGGAAGAUUUUCUAGGCGGCGGUGGUGAGCCGUUGAGGUACACCGGCGGAGAAGCGGAGCCUAAUGGGAUCUACGGUGAUUCUGAUCUUAAAUCAAUCGCUGCUGGGUUCCUACGCGGCUCUCCGGCCGCGGAGCAGGAAGAUGACGUGGCGAAAGCGGUGGUGCCGGCGACGGAGCAGAGGAAGGCUGUGGACACCUUCGGUCAGCGGACCUCCAUUUACCGAGGCGUCACUAGGCACCGGUGGACGGGGAGGUACGAGGCGCACCUCUGGGAUAACAGUUGUCGGCGGGAGGGGCAGAGCCGGAAAGGACGCCAAGUCUAUCUCGGUGGUUAUGAUAAGGAGGAGAAAGCAGCGAGAGCGUACGAUCUCGCGGCGCUCAAAUACUGGGGACCGACGACGACGACGAAUUUUCCGGUUUCUAACUACGAGAAGGAGCUGGAGGAGAUGAAGAACAUGACUCGUCAGGAGUUCGUCGCUUCUCUCAGAAGGAAAAGUAGUGGGUUUUCUCGGGGCGCUUCUAUUUAUAGAGGAGUUACUAGACAUCAUCAACAUGGUCGAUGGCAAGCGAGGAUUGGGAGAGUGGCUGGCAAUAAAGAUCUCUAUCUUGGAACCUUCAGCACACAAGAAGAAGCGGCAGAGGCCUACGACAUAGCCGCCAUAAAAUUCCGAGGCCUGAACGCCGUAACAAACUUCGACAUGAGCCAGUCUCAACUACCAAAACUGAGUGACGGUGACUAUGCUGGAAGUCCGUCAUCCUGCAGCUCUCCGAAACUCUGA